AUGUCCAGCGCCGUCUCAGCAACGCCAAACCCGGUCAACGCUUCACAGCACGCCACCCAAGACACGCCCGCCAUCGCCAACGGUACGACUUCUUCAUCGUCAGGAGCUGUGCCGGCACAGCUACCUGUGAGGUCGUACGCAAACGCUACCAAAACGGCGACUCCAACCCACCCGGCUGGAGCCUCCGCGCCCGCCCACAAUGCAAAGCCAGCUUCAGACAACACUCAAAUGAACGGUACUGCGGCGCAAGGAGGCUCCCAGCCAGCGAACGGUAUGAACGGACAUGCCUCGGACCACACGAGAAAGACGUCGGUCGUGAUCAGCGCAUCAGGCGCAUCCGGCAGCUACCCGAACGGCGGUCCUGUGCAGAAUAGUAACAGCCGACCAGCUAUCAACUUCGGCUCGAUGGGUGCUCAUGGCGCCGAGUCGCAGGGAAGUGCGCCUUUUGCACCCAACAACGCGUCUCUCCCGACCCCAGCAUCCAACCCGCGAGUGACAUCCCCGGCGCACUCACCUUCGCCCAUUCCACAGCCAGCGGCCAGCGGAGGACGUCCACCCUCCAUCAAUGCAACAAACAAUGGCGGCCUCAACUUCGGCGCCAUGUCUGCCGACACCGAAAUGAUGCGCGGCCAAGGCAAUAUGGGUCCUGUCCCGGCCCACGAGCGUCGCCCAUCUUCACACUCGAUGCAGAACGAGCACAGCAACCAGGGUGUCAACAUGUCGCGCUCUCCAUUCCCAGCUUCCGGUGGCAGUGGUCGCGGUCGUGGUGCAUUCAACCCAGGCCAGCAACCGUUCAUGGGCUCACCAAGCACUGGCUACCGACAAAUGGCUGGCCAACCACCGCGAGGCCCGAUGCCACCACAAUUUGGUCAGCAAGGCGGCCCUCCAGGCUCGCCUUUCAGAGGAGCUGCACGCAUGAGCCCUGCGCCGAUGCAUGCACAGCCGCACUACCAGCAGCAGCACAUGGGAGCUAAUCAGCAGAUGCAGUACGGCGGGUAUCCCCAGCACAUGAACCAUCAGCAACAAGCAAUGUACGGCAUGCCCAACUUCGACCCAAGCCAGGGCUAUUAUCAGCCUUACUAUCCGCAAAACUACUAUGGCCAGCCACCACAGAGUCCGCGCCCUGGCUACCCGACGCCAUUCACCAUGCCGCCGAAUGCGCAACAGCCCCCGUUCCACCCACCUGGCACUCCCGGUGCCGCCGAUAUGAACCGGACCGGCUCGCAGACAUCGAACCGUCCAACAUCUGCUAUCGGUCACCCUCAGACACCCGCACAAAAUCCAGCUGCACCAUCGCACACUCCCAACGCUUCGCAAAGCUCUGCCUUCCAGCGGCCCAAAAAGAGCAGUGCCAUCAAGAUCACUGAUGCUUCAGGUAACGCCGUUGACUUCAAAAAGUCCGCACCUUCACCGAACCCACAGGCCCAGCCAGGCACCCCUGUCAUUGUCUCCACUCCCAGUAACCCAACGCCGCCACCACGAGCGCCCAGUACCCAACACAACCGCACCGAGAGCAAGACUCAGCAAGACCCAGAAAAGACUAAGAAUGAGUUCGUCGAGCGAGUCAAGCGACAAGCUGAGGAGAACAAGCGGAAGGAGGCUGAGGAAGAGAAGGCGAAGGGCGGGAAGGAUGCGUCCAAUGCCAAGGCUAAGGAACGUGCCGCCUCAGAGGAAGCUGCCCAGAAUAAGAUCGAGAAGGCAACCGCCGAGGCUGAGGAAGCCGCCGCGAAGGCUGCUUCGGACAAGAAGGCUGUGGACGAUGCUGCUGCUGCAAAGAAGGCUACCGAGGAUGACGAGGCCGAGAAGACUCGCAAGCAGCAGGAAGAAGACGAGCGUCUGGAGCGUGAGAUCGCCGAGAUGGAAGCAGCAGAGAAGGAAGAGGAGGAGCGCGAGCGGGCUUACAGUGAGAAGAAGGCCAAGCAGAAGGCAGAGCAAGCUGCGAAAGAGGCCGAGCGCGCCAAGCAACAGGACGAAGAACUCAAGCGCCAGGAGCGUGAAGCUGAGGCACGCGAGGAAGCCCGUGACCGUGAGCGUGAGGGUGGCGCUGCUACCGAUGCCGACGAGGAGAAGAAGGCACUCUUUGCCCAGCUUAACAAGCAUCCUGAACUCGGUUCGGCUCCAGAAAGUGGUGCAGAUACACCUGCAUCAGACGACACUCCUGCAGAGGCCAGCGGGGAGUCAGAGACACCUGCGGCAGCCCCUGCUCGUUGUGGUGCCCAGAAACCCAAGCCCGCACACCUCAAGCUCGAGACCAACAAGCAGGUCGAGCGAGCAGAGCCAACACCUGGUAUGCAGGCACUCAAGUCAGCCCGCUUCCUCGAGCUCAAGGAGGAUGCCAAGUACCCCGAUGGCUUCAAGUCACCCAACCCGGCGCUCAACGAGUCCCGGCAGAAGGGCAAGGCUUACGACAAGGACUUUUUGCUCCAGUUCCAGAAUGUGUUCAAGGAGAAGCCAUCCGUUGACUGGGACCUGAAAGUUAAGGAGACUUUGGGUCCAAGCGACGAACCUGGCUCUGCUCGUCCUGGAUCUGCACGCACACCCUCAGGUGCUAUGUCGAGAGGUGGAUCCAACCGUCCAGGUGCUGGCGGCGCUUUCGGCGCCAUGGGUGGCGCAAUGGGCAGCUUUGCUGGUCCGAUGGGCGGCAAUGCUCGUGGUACUACCUCCGAGCAGCGCUUCGCCAUGUCGAACCAGAUGCCUGGUGCACCUCGACCUGGUGGCAUGGCGCCACCAAUGGGUGGUCGUCAACCAAGCAAUCUUGGCAUGGGUGCUCCCGGCGCUAUGAUGUCUCGCACUAACAGCAGCUUCAACAUGGCGGGCGGAAUUGGCCCUGGUUCACCACGCAACCCGAGUGCGCGUGGCGGAAAGGGCAGUAGCAAACGUGACAACCCAAGCCGACGACAAGAAUCCGACAUGGCUGCAAAGAUGCCGCUCACCGCGAACAAGGAGCUCGCGCCACUCGAGAAGUCAUCAAGCGGUUGGAAGCCCACCAGCAUUGGUCAAGCGGCUUCUGCUGGACCUGACCCAUCAGGCAACAUGGCGCCUGACAUGGUGCAGCGCAAGGUCAAGGCUGCACUCAACAAGAUGACACCGGAGAAAUUCGACAAGAUCGCCGACCAGAUCCUCGAGAUUGCAGCGCAGUCCAAGACUGAGCAAGAUGGCCGCACACUUCGACAAGUUAUCCAGCUCACUUUCGAGAAAGCCUGCGACGAAGCUCACUGGGCUGGUAUGUACGCCAAGUUCUGCCACAAGAUGCUUACAACAAUGAGCACCGACAUUCGCGACGAGACAAUCAAAGACAAGAACGGUAACCCUGUUGUCGGCGGUGCGCUGUUCAGGAAGUACCUACUCAACCGCUGUCAAGAGGAGUUCGAGCGCGGCUGGCAAGCCAACCUUCCCGACAAGCCAGAGGGCGAGGAAGAGGCUGCCCUGCUGACUGAUGACUACUACAUCGCAGCCGCCGCCAAACGUCGUGGUCUCGGUCUGAUCCAGUUCAUCGGUCAGCUUUACAAGCUUCGCAUGUUGACACUUCGCAUCAUGCACGAGUGCGUUAUGCGCCUCCUCAACUUCGAAGGUGAUCCAGACGAGGCUACCGUUGAGAAUUUGACGACACUUCUCAAGGCAGUCGGAGCAUCAAUGGAAGAGGAAGAGCAAGGUCGAGGCCUAAUGGUCACAUACUUCCAGCGGAUCGAAGACAGCAUCGUCAAGAGCGACGCCCUUGGAAGCAGACCGAAAUUCAUGGUCAUGGACCUGAUCGACUUGCGCAAAGCCGGCUGGAAGGGCAAAGACUCUGACAAGGGCCCCAAGACCAUCCAGCAGAUCCACGAAGAGGCUGAGGCUGCCCAGGCCAAGGCCGAACUCGAGCGACAGAAGACGCAGCGUGGCGGUCGUGGUGGACCAAUGCCAUCGGGUCGUGGCGACGCUCGCAACUUCUCUGGCGGCGGCAUGCCACCACCACAGGACUACACGCGCACGAACGUCAACAUGGACGAUCUGCGCCGACUUCAAAACCGUGGUUCCAAUCCCCGCCCUACUGGAGGCAGUCUCGGUCCUGGUGGCGGUCUUGGUCCGUCUGCACUCAGCAGUGGUCGCACUGGCAGCAGACGUGGCGCAGCUGGUCUCGGGCCGGGCUCUACGGGCACCUCCCGAACGAACACGCCACCGGUUGACAAGAAGGACGAGCCAAGCACAGCACAGAACGCAUUCAGCGCACUUGCAGCACUUGACUCGUCAGGCGAAGCGCCAGAAGAGACUCCCGCGUCGCCGCCGACUGCACGCACCGAACCAGCGGCGCAAGAUGAUGAUGCUAACGCCUGA